AUGCAGAAUGCCUCUGCUGAUGCUAUGAUAAAACGAUUAAAAAAAUGGUUUGCUAGGUUUGGAAUAUCUAAGUACAUUGUGUCAAACAAUAGACCACAAUUUUUAUCUGGGGAAUUCCGUAGGUAUUGUGAUUUAAAUAACAUACGUCAUAUAAGUUCGGCACCCUAUCUUCUAAAAACUAAUGGAUUAGUUGAAAGUACAGUACGAACUUUGAAAGGUCGGUAUUAUGCAACGAGAGAUUCAAUUAGCGAUCUCGAAGAAGUUAUGACACAGGUUUUAACAACCUACCGACUGGGAGAGCGUAGCUCCACAGGGAGAUCUCCUGCCAAAAUUAUGCUUGGUAGGCUCCGACCAAAUGCUGAACACGAAAUAGUAAAGGCCAAUUAUAGACAAAGCCAUCUUCAUAAUUUACAUUCAAAAGAAAGAGAAUUCGAAAUCUCACAACCUGUGUGGUUAAAUAAUGAAAAUACCAAUGGUUGGAGAGAGAGAGAGAGAAAUACAUUGCGAAGGCAUGCAGAUCAGCUAAAAAAUCGUUUAGUUAUUCCAAACCAUGAAAGUUCUUCGGAAGUUACAGAAACGGUUGUGCCAGUGAAUGAAGCAAAUACAAAUACCACAUUACGUUGUUCUUCAAGAAACCGUAAACCUACAAAGAGAUACGACUAUGAUGAUUUAUGA